GGCUCCGAGCGCCCGCCCCUCCAUCUAUCACAUGGCCGGAGAGUCACAAAAACAACAGCUUUGGCCAAGACCGUGACUUCAGAAAAGGGAACCCAGCUCCCACAGCCAGCCCCCUCCCCAUGGAAGACAGUUUUCUUGAAUCCUUUGGGAGGCUCAGCCUCCAGCAGCAACAGCAGCAGCAACAGCCGUCUCGGCCGCCGCCCCCGCGGGGGACGCCUCCGCGGCACCACAGCUUUAAGAAACACCUCUACCUCCUGCGAGGCCUCCCGGGCUCGGGGAAAACCACACUGGCCAGAAAAUUGCAGCAUGACUUCCCCAGGGCCCUGAUUUUCAGCACGGAUGAUUUUUUCUUCAGGGAAGAUGGUGCCUAUGAGUUCAAUCCUGACUUCCUGGAGGAAGCUCAUGAAUGGAACCAGAAAAGAGCAAGAAAAGCAAUGAGGAAUGGCAUAUCCCCCAUUAUAAUUGAUAAUACCAACCUCCACGCCUGGGAAAUGAAGCCCUAUGCAGUCAUGGCACUUGAAAAUAACUAUGAAGUUAUAUUCCGAGAACCUGACACUCGCUGGAAAUUCAACGUUCAAGAGUUAGCCAGAAGAAACAUUCAUGGGGUCCCGAGGGAAAAAAUACACCGAAUGAAAGAACGGUAUGAACACAACGUGACCUUUCACAGCGUGCUGCACGCCGAAAAGCCAAGGCGGAUGAACAGAGCCCAGGACGCGGGCAGCGCGUCGCCUUCCACCAGCUGCUGGAACUCCUAUGCCCACCUCCCGGCCCGGAGGGCACCCGGCGCCUUCACACACCCCACCUCCUUCAGCCGGAGGGGCCGUUGUCACCAUGGAUAUUAAGGGCCCGCCUGACAGCCAUCCGCAAAUUUCCUAAAUGGGUUUUUACUUCAACUUUUACUAUUUAUUCUGCGUUGCGUUGUAGUCAGAGCUCUGAUGCCUGUGUAAAUAGUUGCGACCAGGUCUGUGAGCAGAGACCGUCGUGCUGGUCUUCGGCAAGCCCCGGCGGAGGGUCCCCGUCUGCAGACUGGAGACUACACCUUACUCCAGGUGUCCUCCGGGGCGAGGAAUUGAUUUGAAAGUGCAACUUGAGAAACGACCUCCUUCCCCCACUCCCAGGACAUAGUCAAUUAGUUACUUAGAUUCAUACAUAAAGUGUUUAUAUUAAAUAUAUGCUUCAGUACCACUUUCUCUGAAGUGAUUUAUUUUUUCAGAAAACUCAUCUCCAUUAGGAAAGUUGGAAAAGCAAGAAAGGCAGAAGUUUUCAUGCCCUUUGCUACUUGAAUAACCUGUGUAUCCACAAAUGUGAGAUGUGUGACUAAUGGUACUGAUUUUCUCUAACACGUGGCAGGUAUCCAGCUAGGGAGUGUGUCCUCAGAGGAGGCGGCUUGGAAAGUUAUUCCUUGGUUUUUACGAUGUAUCAUCACUGGAAACAUUUGUCAAAUCCUUCAUGCUCUAUUAACAGCUGAUGAAAAUUGGUGUUGUGAUUGAAUGUCACACUUUUGUGUUUCAACUACCACUUUAUUUAACCGGAUUCAACCUGAAUCUUUUGGUUGUUGUGCUAACAGCGUACAUAAAGUAGGCCUGCCUUUGUAAUACACCAGUUUUUUAAGAGGAGUAAUUGAUUGCUAAAUUUACACCUUUGAGCAUCUGUGUCAUUAGUCGGCAGCUCAACUGUUUGGAGGAGCGUAAGGAAUGAACAAGCCCCAGGUAGAGCCCUAUGGAAUAUCCUCAUUUUCAGAAGAGCAGUCUUGAUGUUUGACACAGCAUUAAGACAGUAAAGUUCGACUACAGCUCUGGAAUACUCUGGAAUGUUUCUUACAUGAUACUGAAAUAAUGAAUGCAAAUUCCAAUUCAGAUUGCAUUCAGAUUAAUUUGAUGUCAGUCCAUGAUGGGCAAGCCCAUGUAAAGUGUAUGCUUUACAUUCUGGUGGCCAACAGAUUUUUCUAAUGUUUUGUGAAGUAUUUCGUGUCCUAUCAAAUGGUGCUUUUAUGGUUAUUAAAAAUUGUUUAUGGUAAAUUGCA